CAAAAAAAGGGAGUGGAAUUGGGUGGGUGCCUCCCCUGAUAACUUGACGAACCGUAGGGAAGUGAGCAGCUCGCCAUUUGCAUUCAGUUGAGUCAAAGGACGCAUGCUUUUCCUCCUACUACAACAACCAAAAACUCUUCAUUUCUCUCUCUGGACAUUUUCUCUCUCUAAAAUGGCGCUCUCUCGGCUCCGCCACCCUAUAGUCUCUCGCGCCCCUUCCCUCUUCAGAGCUCGCAUCCUCUCCUCCACCGCCUCCAGAUCGCUCCCUCACACUUCCACUGUGCAAAAGUCUUCUGUGGAUGGUGAUGGCACUCUGUUAAGGCCUGCAUCUUUACUGAUGGUCCCCAGAGUUCAAGAUGGUUCUUCUAAGCUCAAGUUGCAAGUCGGUGUCCGUAAUUUCUCAUCUGCAGAGCUUCCUUCGCAUAUGGUCCUUGGAAUGCCAGCUUUAUCACCUACAAUGACUCAAGGUAACAUUGCAAAAUGGAGGAAGAAAGAAGGAGAUAAGAUUGAGCCAGGUGACGUUCUAUGCGAAAUAGAGACAGACAAAGCUACCCUUGAGUUUGAAAGUCUUGAAGAGGGGUUUCUGGCUAAGAUACUAGUAGCUGAAGGUUCAAAGGAUGUGCCUGUGGGACAACCUAUUGCAAUAACGGUGGAGGAUGAAGAGGAUAUCCAAAAAGUCCCUGCUAGUGUUGCUGGAGGAUCAGGGGUUGAAGAGAAAAAAUCAAAACAUGAAAAUGCUGGAAAUGAAGACAAGCAACAGGAAAUGAGUUCUACAAUUAACACAGCAGAACUUCCUCCUCAUAUUGUUCUUGGAAUGCCAGCAUUGUCCCCAACUAUGAACCAGGGUAACAUUGCUAAGUGGAGGAAAAAGGAAGGAGAUAAGAUAGAAGUGGGUGAUGUGAUAUGUGAGAUAGAGACAGACAAAGCCACCCUUGAAUUUGAAAGUCUUGAAGAGGGGUACUUGGCUAAGAUAGUAGCACCUGAAGGUUCUAAGGAUGUGGCUGUGGGACAACCCAUUGCAAUAACAGUUGAGGAUCCAGAUGACAUUGAAAUUGUAAAGGCCAGUGUUAGUAGUGGUUCAGAUAUCAAGAAGGAAAAGCCACAACAGCAAGAAUCUAGAAAUGAAGUUAGAGCAGAGAAAUCCAGUUUUACUAGGAUUAGUCCGUCUGCAAAGUUGCUAAUUACAGAAUUUGGAUUGGAUGCAUCAACACUGAAGGCAUCAGGUCCUCGAGGUACUCUGCUGAAAGGGGAUGUUUUAGCUGCAAUAAAGGCAGGAAUAGGAUCUUCAAGUUCUUCCUCAAAGGAUAAGAUGCCUCCACCUCCAGUUCACUCUCAAGCUUCUCCCUCAGCAUCACCAGAAAGGUCUCAUUUACAGCAAUCAGAAUCAUUUGAAGAUAUGCCCAAUAGCCAAAUACGCAAGGUGAUAGCAACAAGGUUGUUGGAAUCAAAACAAAAUACUCCACAUUUAUAUUUAUCCUCAGAUGUUAUACUGGAUCCCCUUCUUUCCUUUAGAAAGGAGCUUAAAGAGAAGCAUGAUGUUAAAGUCUCAGUGAAUGAUAUUGUUAUCAAAGCUGUAGCAAUGGCACUUAAAAAUGUACCAGAAGCAAAUGCUUACUGGAAUGCCGAGAAAGGAGAAGUCAUUUUAUCUGAUUCUGUUGACAUAUCAAUUGCAGUUGCUACAGAGAAGGGCUUGAUGACUCCAAUUGUGAGGAAUGCUGAUCAGAAGACCAUAUCAUCAAUCUCUAUAGAGGUCAAAGAAUUAGCUGAAAAGGCACGAGCAGGGAAGCUUAAGCCCAAUGAAUUUCAAGGAGGAACUUUCAGCAUUUCAAACCUGGGAAUGUUUCCUGUUGAUCACUUCUGUGCAAUUAUAAACCCUCCACAGUCUGGUAUUCUUGCUGUUGGUAGAGGCAACAAGGUUGUUGAACCAGUGGUUGGAGGCGAUGGACUUGAGAAGCCUGCAGUUGUCACAAAAAUGAACUUAACAUUAUCCGCUGAUCAUCGUGUUUUUGAUGGCAAAGUUGGAGGUGCAUUCCUUUCAGCUUUGCGCUCAAACUUCAGUGAUAUUCGAAGACUUCUGUUGUAAACAUGAGCACUUAAAUGUUGUUAUUAAAGACUUGUUCUGUAAUAACACGAGGAAAGCCCUCGGAAUUAAUAGAUGGAGUUUCCUAGAGAGCAAUCAUAGCAGGUGAUUGUCUUCCAAAUUGUAUUUGGAAAUUUUCCUAGCAUCCAGCAAUUUUGUUCCUGGGAUACAUGGCUUUAACAUAUUGCAUUUCUAGUACCAUCUCAAGUUAUUGAUUCA